CGAGAUAUUAAAGUUACAAGCAGAAUCUAAAGACAAGGAUGACAAAAUCCUUAAACUGCAAUCAGAAGCUGAAGAAAAGGAUCGCGAGGUGCUCAGGUUGCAAUCCGAAGCUAAAGAUAAGGACGAUGAAAUACUUAAAUUGCGGUCAGAAGCUAGAGACAAGGAUGACAAGGCACUUGAGCUGCAUCCGGAAUUUAAAGAGAAGGACAACGAGAUACUUAAACUACGAUCGGAAGCAAAAGAGAAGAAAGAUGAGAUGCUUAAGUUGCAAUCGGAAUCUAAAGGCAAGGACGACAAAAUCCUUCAACUGCAAUCGGAGGCUGAAGGCAAGGACGACAAGAUACUUAGACUGCAGUUGGAAGCUAAAGAGAGGGGCGACGAGAUCAUUAAACUGCGGUCGGAGGCUAAAGGGAAGGAUGAAGAGAUAUUUAAACUGCAGUUGGAAGCAAGAGAGAGGGGAGAUGAGGUACUUGAACUCCAUUCGAAAGCUGAAGAGAAGGACGACGAGAUACUUAAAUGGCAAUCGGACGCUAAAGAGAAGAAUGAUGAAAUACUUAAAUUACAAUCGGAAAUUAAAGACAAGGACAACAAGAUACUUAAACUGCAGUCGGAAACCGAACGCAAGGAUAACAAGGCGCUCGAACUGCAUCCAGAAGCUAAAGAGAAGGACGACAAGGUGCUUAAGCUGCAAUCAGAAGCUAAAGAGAAGGACGACGAGAUACUUAAACUGCGGUUAGAAGCUAAAGAUAAAG